AAGUACAAAAAUUAGAGUAUUUUACAAAAUCCAAACCUAUAUAUUGUUAAAUAUUAAGUCUUUCUAUCUGUAUACAACAGAUGACUUCUUCCUCUGAUGACCCAAAAAAUGCUCAAAACGAUUCUCAAGAAUCCUGGAAAUGUCAAAACAAAGUUUCAGGCCAAACAACUCCAUGCUCAAAUUCUCAUCACCGGUAGCUCAUCUCCUUCUCACAUCUCCACACUACUUUCUCUCUACUCAAACUUUAACCUCUUACAUUACUCGCUUCUUCUCUUUCACACACUCCACUCUCCUUCCGUUCUGGCAUGGAAGUCCAUCAUCAGAAGCUACACUUCCCAUGCUCUUUUUCGUCAAGCUUUGGCUUCUUUCGUCGAAAUGCGGGCUUUUGGGAUAUACCCAGAUCACAAUGUGUUCCCUUCGGUCGUAAAAUCAUGUGCUGUGCUCAUGGACUUGAGGUUGGGGGAAUCGGUUCAUGGGUCUAUCAUUCGUUAUGGUAUGGAUUCGGAUUUGUAUACAUGCAAUGCCCUCAUGAAUAUGUAUUCCAAAAUUCAGAGCUUGAGUGGCGAUGGUGGGCAGAGGUUUGAUGCUCUUCAUGUGCUUGAUGAAAUUCCUGAACGAAAGCGAGUUUGUACUAAAAGUGUAAGCUUUGCUGAAAGUGAAAGUAAAAAAAUAGUAUCUUUUGUGAAUGCUGCUGAUGAGACUGCGUAUAGUAGCGAGUUAAAUAAAGGAAAAAUUGUAUCUUUUGGAGAUGUGUUGCCUCAAGAUGUUGCAUUUAGGGAAGCAGCAGGAAGAGCUUUGCAGAUAGAUAGUGUGAGAAAAGUCUUUGAAAUGAUGCCAAAAAGGGAUGUUGUUUCGUGGAAUACAGUGAUUGCAGGAAAUGCACAAAAUGGUAUGUAUAAAGAGGCUUUGUCAAUGCUUAGGGAAAUGGGGAAUGCGAAUCUAAAGCCUGAUUCUUUCACUUUGUCCAGUGUUGUUCCUAUAUUUGCAGAAUACGUGGAUGUUAUCAAGGGUAAGGAGAUUCAUGGUUAUGCCAUAAGAAGUGGGUUUGAUUCAGAUGUAUUCAUUGGAAGCAGCUUAAUUGACAUGUACGCAAAGUGUACUAGAAUAGAAGAUUCACGUCGAGUUUUCGAUCUCUUACCUCGUCGUGAUGCCAUUUCAUGGAAUUCCAUCAUUGCAGGCUGUGUACAGAAUGGAGCAUUUGAUGAAGGCCUGAGAUUCUUUCGGCAGAUGUUAAGUGCUAAAAUUCAGCCAAUGCCGGUAACCUUUUCGAGUAUCAUGCCUGCUUGUGCCCACUUAACAACUCUUCAUUUAGGUAAGCAACUCCAUGGAUACAUUAUCAGGGGCAGAUUCGAUGAAAAUGUGUACAUAGCGAGCUCGCUAGUAGACAUGUAUGCUAAAUGUGGGAACAUUAGGAUGGCUAGGUGGAUUUUCGAUAGAAUAGAGUCACAUGACAUAGUGUCAUGGACGGCCAUUAUCAUGGGAUAUGCUUUGAAUGGCUAUGGAAAUGAUGCCAUUGCCUUAUUUGAGCAAAUGGAAACAGAGGGAAUAAAACCCGGUUAUGUCUCAUUUAUAGCUAUAUUAACUGCCUGCAGUCAUGCUGGAUUGAUCGAUAGAGCAUGGGAGUAUUUUAAUUCUAUGACUGAAAAUUAUGGGAUUGCUCCUGGUUUGGAGCACUAUGCUGCAGUUGCAGACCUCUUUGGUCGAGCCGGAAGGUUGGAGGAAGCUUAUAAUCUUAUCUCAAAUAUGCAUAUAGAACCAACUGGAAGUGUAUGGCUAACAUUGCUGGCUGGUUGUAGAGUUCAUAAAAAAACCGAACUGGCUGAAAAGGUUGCUGAGAAAAUAUUUGUUGUUGAUCCUGAAAACAUGGCUGCCUACGUGCUUUUGUCAAACGUUUACGCUGUUUCUGGGAGAUGGAAAGAGGUGGCGAAGUUGAGAAUGUGUAUGAGGAAUAGGGGCAUGAGAAAGAAGCCAGCCUGCAGCUGGAUUGAGAUUAAAAACAAGGUGCAUGCUUUUAGUGCAGGAGACAAAUCACACCCGUACUACGAAAGAAUUAAUGAGGCUCUGAAAGUUCUUUUGGAAAAGAUGGAGCGAGAAGGGUAUGUAGCUGACACAAAUGAGGUUCUCCAUGAUGUUGAUGAGGAACAGAAGAAAACCUUGCUGUUUGGCCACAGCGAAAGGCUCGCCAUUGCCUUUGGCAUCCUUAAUUCCCCUGCCGGCACAACCAUUCGAAUCACAAAGAACAUUCGGGUUUGUGCGGACUGUCACACAGCAAUCAAAUUUAUGUCAAAAAUUUUAGGGAGGGAGAUCAUUGUGAGGGACAAUAGCCGAUUUCACCAUUUCAAUGGCGGACAGUGCUCUUGUGGAGAUUACUGGUGAUGAAGUAAUACAUAAUGGAGCAUGAUUUGAUAUAGUGUUGUUGAUACAUUGCAAAGCAAAGACAGUGUUGAACUUCCAUUAAUGGAUCAGGGGAAGAACAGUGGUGUGAAAAAAUGGUAUCUUAACAUGGCUGAAGAGCUGUGCUGCUUACAAAAGCAUCUGCAUAUUGUGCUGGAUAGGACCCAAAGGGCCAAAGCUCCAGACAAAAGCAGUUGUGGAAAAGUUCAUCCAGAUAAGUUUUGAUGGAAACCUGUGAAUGAUAUGAUCUGUUCAUAAUUCGGCCUGAGAAUUCAUAUGAUUGUUUUUGUAAACAUGUCUUCAAUGGGGUUUGCAGGUGGCCAUAAUGAAGCUUUAAAACCAAUGUUCAGUAGCUGGUUUGGCCCCUUUAAGACCAAAUAAUGGUCACAGAUCACAAUCAAUUCAUAUGAAUGUGAUUGAAUACAAUUAAGCACAUUUUAUUUGGUGUUAAAGCAAGUAAGAUUAGUACAUCAAAUUGCUUAAAAGUCUUGUUUUUGUUAGUUAAACUUGAUGUGAUUAUGUCAAAUUGGUCAGCCAUAUUGGUUACACCAACCCCCACUUAAAAUAACUAAAAUUUAAAAAGUUUCAAGAAAAAAAAUGUCAUAAUUAAUUACUUUGGUCUUGGAUCUUCAGCAUGUUUGUGUGAUUUUUGUGUUAGAAUUACAAACUUGAAAGAUACCAUUUUUAUUUAUUUGUUACAAUUGAUUGAUUUUGCAGCAUGUCAUCAUGUCCCAUGAACAACAAACCUUCUGGGUCAUCAUCAUUAAUUAUGGUUGAAAAAGUUCCUUAUUUUUCC